GAGUCUUACCCUAAUGUAAGAUGGUGGCCCGUCUGGCUGUGGAACCCACCGAAAGCUGAGAGUGUCUCUCUCAGCCGUAAAGGUCGGACUCGCUGAAGCAAUCAGGCCCGGUUCUGAAGAGUUUUUUCCCCGACACUCGUCCACUGGUCUCUUGUGAGGACGCGGCAGCUCGCGGAGUCGGCUAAGAGAAAAGCGAAGCAAGGCAGGCGGGUCUUUGAAGUUCUACAUUUUAAUUCUCAGUGCUGAACUUCUUUCUCCCUUAAAUUAUUGUAAACUUUUGCUGCUGUUUAAUAAACGUGAAGAUGUCUCGCAGUCCUGAUGCGAAGGAAGACCCUGUGGAAUGUCCUCUUUGCAUGGAGCCCUUGGAGAUAGAUGAUAUCAAUUUUUUCCCUUGCACCUGUGGCUACCAAAUUUGCCGAUUUUGUUGGCAUAGAAUUCGCACUGAUGAAAAUGGCCUUUGUCCUGCAUGUAGAAAGCCAUAUCCAGAAGACCCAGCAGUUUAUAAACCACUCUCCCAGGAAGAAUUACAAAGGAUAAAGAAUGAGAAAAAACAGAAACAAAAUGAAAGAAAACAGAAAAUAUCAGAAAAUCGCAAACAUUUGGCUAGUGUACGUGUUGUACAAAAAAACCUCGUCUUUGUUGUAGGUCUGUCUCAGCGUCUAGCAGACCCAGAGGUUUUAAAACGACCAGAAUAUUUUGGGAAGUUUGGUAAAAUACAUAAAGUUGUCAUCAACAACAGCACAUCAUAUGCAGGCUCACAGGGUCCCAGUGCCAGUGCUUACGUCACCUACAUCCGGUCAGAAGAUGCUCUCAGAGCCAUACAGUGUGUCAACAAUGUGGUGGUAGACGGCAGAACGCUUAAGGCAUCUCUAGGUACAACAAAAUACUGCAGUUACUUCUUAAAGAAUAUGCAGUGUCCGAAGCCUGACUGCAUGUAUCUACAUGAAUUGGGGGACGAGGCGGCCAGUUUCACAAAAGAGGAAAUGCAGGCAGGUAAACACCAAGAAUAUGAACAGAAGCUACUACAAGAAUUAUAUAAAUUAAACCCCAAUUUUCUUCAACUAUCUACGGGUUCAGUUGAUAAGAAUAAGAACAAAGUGACCCCACUGCAGAGGUAUGAUACCCCCAUUGACAAACCUUCAGAUUCUCUCAGUAUAGGGAAUGGUGAUAAUUCCCAGCAGAUAUCUAACAGCGAUACACCUUCACCGCCACCUGGUUUAUCAAAAUCUAACCCAGUCAUCCCCAUCAGUUCAUCCAAUCACAGUGCACGGUCUCCUUUUGAAGGGGCAGUGACUGAGUCACAGUCGUUAUUCUCAGAUAACUUUCGCCAUCCCAACCCUAUUCCAAGUGGGCUCCCUCCUUUCCCCAGCUCCCCACAGACAUCUAGCGACUGGCCUACGGCACCAGAGCCACAGAGUCUCUUCACAUCAGAAACAAUCCCAGUAUCAUCCUCUACAGACUGGCAAGCAGCAUUUGGCUUUGGUUCUUCUAAACAACCAGAGGAUGACUUGGGUUUCGAUCCCUUUGAUGUCACUCGAAAAGCCUUAGCAGACCUGAUUGAAAAGGAACUGUCAGUCCAAGACCAGCCUUCCCUUUCACCCACAUCUCUUCAGAACUCCUCUUCACACACUACAGCCGCCAAAGGUCCAGGCUCUGGGUUCCUGCAUCCUGCUGCACCGACAAAUGCCAACUCUCUCAGUAGUAGUUCCUUUUCAGUCUUGCCACAGAGGUUCCCUCAAUUUCAGCAGCACCGAGCAGUUUAUAAUUCAUUCAAUUUUCCAGGCCAGGCAGCCCGCUAUCCUUGGAUGGCCUUUCCUCGCAAUAGCAUCAUGCACUUGAACCACACAGCAAACCCCACCUCAAAUAGUAAUUUCUUGGACUUGAAUCUCCCGCCACAGCACAACACAGGUCUGGGAGGGAUCCCUAUAACAGGGGAAGAAGAGGUGAAGGUUUCGACCAUGCCACUGUCAGCCUCUUCCCAUUCAUUACAACAAGGACAGCAGCCUACAAGUCUCCACACUACUGUGGCCUGACACCAGAACUGAGAGGAGAGGAUUAGACUCUGGGGUGCUUGCAUGGGCAACCGGAUUUUUGCAUGAUUCCUUUCUGAUUUUGCAUUUAAUGUAUACACCCAAAAGAGCCAAUAUAAACGUUCCUCAUGCCUACAACUAGUGUGUUACUUCAUAGUUGCUAAAGUAUUUCUUCACUAGGCGUUUAACACAAUUUAUGAGCAUAAUCAUUUUGGCAUUGUUUCUCAUGAGUGAUACUAUUUUUAACUCACAAAUAAACUUGUAGUACUAAUUAAGAUCCCAAAUGAGAUUAGCUAGAAUUGUUCUUAUUUUGGCUCUAUUAUUGAAAAUAUACAAAGAUAAUGGUAGUUCCUUGUUUUCUGAUUUGUGAAAAAAAAUGGUAAUAUCCUACUAUAAUCAUGAAAAAUUUGAAAAUUAAGAAAGUAAUGUGUGUUGCAUUCUUUGAAUACUUAAGAAAGAAUACAUAUAAGACAAAAUUGGUGGUGUCGUUUAAUGGUCAGCAGGAUGUUGUCAGCAAUUGUUUUUAGUUGUAUGGAUUUAUAUCCUAUAUUAUGCAUUACAUGUGUAGAACCUGUUUUUGUUCUCUCAUUUGCACAUUUGCACUUUCUUUUUGAAUGGUUGUUAAUUAUGUAUAGACGGUUAAAAAUAAUCAUUAUAGACUAAAUGCAAUAUAAUCUCUUUUCUAAUGCACUGCCUAGUAUACCAGGAAAUGCCUCAGAAACAGAAUUUCAACCUAAGUUGAUUUAUCAGAAACUUGAAUAUGGGGUAAAUAUUGUAUGUGAAAAGCAACCAUGGUAGUGUAACAUUUUUCUUUGAACAAAAGGUACUUCUGUGAGAUAUCUGUUUGGAAAUUUCAUUGUUUAAUCAUUGAAAUGUGAUAAUAAAACCAUAUUACAAGUACCUGACCAGAAUGGGACUAAGGUGGAAGAGAAGAGGUUGGGGAUCCUCUAAACUUAGGCCACGUAAGUUGUCACAGAUAAUCUUAAAUUAAUCCCAGAACAGAAUGGAGUGCUUUAUUAGGACAUAAUGUGACGUGAUAUUUUGGGGUAACGACUUUUUGAAAUAUGUUUAAAACUGAUGACGAAAGACAGUAAGCUGAAUUCAGAGCUGAGCAGUGGACAGAAAGCCGGUUCAGAAAACAUGGCCUGAACUACGCACCUGGCAAGAAGGGGGAAGUCACAGCUGCUCUUGGGUUUCCACAAAACUAUUGUGACUUAACAGAUUUGCCUCCAUUUGUUAAAAAUAUUAAAAGGGUAAUGUGAAUACUGAAAAAGGAAGCAUUGAGGUUUAAAAUAAAUAAUGAAACACCUAAUGAGGAGAUGAUACAUAACAUCAUGUUGGAGUUGGAGUUCUCGAGGGCGCCUCUGUCCAUAAAAUCUGAUUACUCUCCGUUAGACAUAAUACCAGUUAAAUGGCUUUGUCCUGAGUUAUAGUGGGGUAAACUAAAAUCUCUUCUUAGGUAUCCUUUGAUUUGGUUAACUGAGGCUAUAGAAGGACCUACUUUUCUAGCUAUUUAAAUUAUUUUAGUGAAAUUCUGCAUAAAUGACAAUCUCUAAGUUUGCAAGUCAUUUUAGGGCAGCAUUACAAGAAAUUGAGAAAAUACAAAUGAAAUAUUGUCAACUUACUAGCAGCCUUUUAUCAUGGCUUCAUGAUGGUUUUCUUUUUGCUGUAAGACAUUCACUUAAAUGUACCCCAUGAUGCUGAGGCCCUGGGCUUUGUGAACAGACUUGAGCUCCCGGAGCUGAGUGGAGCAUUGCUUCCUCCAGCCAUCAGUGCAAGCCUUUCAUCUCCUGGAUCUUCUUACAAAGACAUGAGAGGUGGUUAGCUCCUAUUUACUUACUUCUCUGUGCUGAGAGAUCCACCUGUGAAACAAGAGUUCUUUCCUGUGGUAGCUUUCUCUCUCCUUUCUCAUUCCCAUCCAGUGCCAAAAAACUGUCAGGUCUUUUGCCCAGACUUGCUGGAACCCAUAAGUGUUUCCCUGUCUCCUUCUCCUCCCUCCCCACUUCCGCACACACCGUAUGUCAGGACAGUGCUUCUAAAGCCACUGGGCUUCGAUUUACAUAUUUUCACGUAGAAAGCUAAAGAUUAUCCUUUACCUAUCUUUGUAAUUUGAAAUCUUACAGGCUGAAGAAAAACAAGCAUCACUCUCUUGCUUACUUAAUAUUUCAUAUAGUAUGGUUUUUAAAAAGAUUUUGUUUAUUUAUUUUUAGAAAGAGGACAGGGAGGGAAAAAAACAUCAAUGUGAUCAGUUGCCUCAUGCACACGCCCCAACCAGACACCAGCUCACCACCCAGGCAUGUGCCCUGACUAUGAAUCGAACCGGUGACCUUUUGCCUUUCGGGACAACGCCCAGCCAACUGAACCACACCAGUCAGGGCUGGAAUGUUUUUUUAAUAAAGUGAAGUCUUAAAAUCAUAGUCAUAAUUAAGUGAACCAAAGCACAGAAGAAAGUAUACGGCACAUAGAGUAUCACUUUACAUAGCAAGUAGAUCGAUGAAACCAAAUGAUGGUAAAGAAUGAGAAAUUGUAAAAAAAAAAAAAUCUUCAAAUUAGUUUUGAUGAAUUACUGCAUCACUGAUCUGUCAUAUACAAGGGAGAUUUUGUAUGCUUUUACCUACUUAACCUGGUUUUUUUAAAGAUUGUAUUAUUUUUAGAGAGAAGGGAAGGGAGGGAGAAAGAGAGGGAAAGAAACAUUGAUGUGAGAGAGAGAAAAAAUAUCAACCUGUUGCCUCUCACACAGCCCCAACCAGGUGCCUGGCCCACAACCCAGGCCUGUGCCUUGACCAGGAACUAAACUGGCAACCUUCCAGUUUGCUGGAUGAUGCUCAACCCACUGAGCCACAUCAGUCAGGGACUCACUUAACCUUUAAAAGGUGACUAGUUUGUUCCUUGAAUCAAGAAUUGUACCUGGAGUCCAGAAGUCUUCGGAUGUACUUGCAAAAUUAUGAGCUUGUGUGUAUGUACAUCCGUCCCUUUGUGUCUUGGGAGAAGAUGCAUAGUUAGUAGAUUCACAAAGGAUUUGGUGACACCCUCAAGGAAAAACUAGGAACUUCUGCCCCAAAAUGUUCUCAAUGCCACUGGAGGAAAUUGGCACCUAGACUGAAGGAUUUUAAUCAUAUGAUGAAUAUCAAAUGCCUGUUCACUUUCUUAAAGAUUCCAUUAGAAAAUGUUUUCUGAUUGAUAAUUUUCAUUCUCCUAUUGCAUUUUGUUUUCCAGGUGCUUUCCUAUACUCUCCCCUUAGUUCAACAAAGCAUUAAUUAAACAUUCAAGUGCCUAUUCCGUGUAGUGACUUGAGCUAGAGCUUGAUGGAUACAAGGUUGUGUUAAGUUCAGCCCCUAUGGUCAAGGGUAACAGUCCAGUAACAGUUUGAUUUCAUGUUAUUUCCGUGAGGUCAGCUCUUGCUGUAUUUUAACCACAAGGAUGGCCAUUGCAGUCCAGACUCAUUUCAUCAUUUAUUGCUCUGACAGUGGCAACAGAGGGUAUUAAAUACUGAUACUUGAAAUUCUUAAAUAUAAAAUUUGGCAGGAGUGAAAGACACAGAGCAGGCAUCCUUUAUUAUUCUAAUUUAAGUAUUUUACAGGAUGCGUGUGUGCACGUCUGCCACUCUUAGUAGCAUCCUGCAAACUUAUGUAGAGCUUUCUAUAUAUGUGUUCUUUUAAAGAACACAACUUGAAAGCAUUGUAUAUGUGCACAUAUCUACUGACAUGGCCCCUCUUUGCACGGCAUUCCGAGCACCUUCGAGACUACCGGAGCUCCCUGCGGUCACAUGGGUUUAUAGGGAGCCCCUCCCCAGGGGCACUGCCUCGGAAAGACCAGAGAAAGGAUAAAACUGCAGGGGCAUUGAAAUCUUACGAAAUUAAGACCCCAUGUUACUUAUGCAUACAUAAAAAACAGGGGACAUUUUUUCCUGUGUUGAGGGAUUUUUGGGAUUUUUGUGUUUAUUUGAUCAUGAAGCUUCCUCAAAUCUGCUGAAUUGGCUGUAAGAGAGUCAACUGUAUCAUACAAUUGAAAACAGUAUUUUACAAAAAUUAUAAAGAGGUGAAAACCCAACACAUGAUACAGUAUAUGUCUUUUUCUACAAAACAUGACCCAAGUCAGUUAUCUAGUGUCGAGCUAGUCCUUCAGUUCUUAGGGCUGUGUCUCUCUCUCCUCAGCCUUCUGAUCGGAAUGAGUACCUAACACAUUGUCUCCUUGUGCUACGGCAGUAACAUACACAGGCGUUGCACAUGAAAUGACAGGAUUUGUAUCGCAUGGUGUCCAGUGGUUCACUAGACAUUUAUUGUGAGCCAGUUCAAGGACAGGCUUCAUAAAAAGUGUGGUGUUUUGUUUUGGUUUUUUUUUAUUUGAAGGUUGCUUGAAAUUUAGAUGAGGAAAGAGGGAAAUACAGUAACGAGAACAGAUUGAACAAAGAAUUAGAGAUCGAGAUUAGCACAGUCUGAGGGGGUCAGGAGGGAAGGACAGAUUGCAGCUGGACUCGUCUGAGGUAUACAGGUCGUAUAGGAAGAUGCCAUGAGUGUUCAAAACCCUUGAAUGCUAAGAAGAGUUGAGUCUCGAUGUGGAUGUGGCCCAUGGUAGAGAACUGUAGUUUCUUUGAUAAAGAUGAUUGUAGCAUUUUAAGAAGGUGAAUUUGGUGAUAUCUUUGCUUGAAAUGAAGCUGAUUAGAAAGCAGUUGCAGUGUGUCAUCACUGGCCAGGAUAAAUUAUGUGGCUUGGACUGGAAAGGUGAUAGGAAUGGAGAAGAAAUGAUGAGUUAGAAGUCAGAAAGAUCCUGGGGAAAAAAAACCUUUGGGUUUGCUUAAGUCUCUAGUGAUCUUUAAAAGUGAAUUUCAAAAGAAACUGAUAGAAACCAGAUUCCUUGGCUUCACAAGGCAAUGUCAAGGACUUGGGCGCAGCAGCCACAGAGCAGUUCCAGAUUUGGCGACAGCGGGGAGGAGCCAGACAAGAUGAUGGUUAGAUGGGCGGUAGACCUAGAAGGCAGUACCUGAAGAUAUGAGAGGAAGACACUGCUGAGAGAGGGUGGGGUUCUGUAGGUGCUUGGGAAGAGGCGAGCCUUCCAGAGGAGAUGAGGUCACUAUUUAGCUUUCAGCAGCGGGAGGUACCUUCCACUGUUACUUGGAGGCCCAAUCAGAGAAUUUAGGAGAGAGAGUAGAAUGUGAGAAUUGAGAACAUGAGAUUACAGGAAGGGGCCCUUCUCAGCUGUUAUCAAAGGCAUGCUGUGUGGAAUGGGGGGCAAGAGAGUGGAGCUGGGGGCCGGCAAACAAAGGAGACUGAAUUCAUCUGUGAGAAUAGGCCUAGGAGGGCAUCAGAAAGGAAUUCAAGAAUUGCUGAGUAAAGAUAAGGAUCAGAUUUAACAUUUUUAGAGUCUAGAUGUGUAUGAUUUUGCAUUUCCUUGGGUUCGGCACAAAGCAGGAGGAGUGGACAAAGCAAACACUGAGAGUUUGGUUAGAAGGCGAAGAAGAGAAGGACAAAAGGUACUCACGACGAUAACAUCAAAAUACCUAAGCUUGUCUAGAAGAUUCCACUAAGGCAGGAAAGAACUAGUGGUGUCGGUGUGUUGAAGAGAGUUCAGUGAUUAUAGAUUUCGUAAGGACAAAGAACAGGUCUAGUCCUGUUAAGCAAAUGACAGGUUAAGGGACCACUGCUGAAUGAUGAUGAGUGUGAGCCAGAAAAAGGAUGAGAGUUACCUUAACUUUAGGGCCAGAGGUUGGAAAGGAGGCUGGCUUUCGUAAGCCCUACAGUUUCCUCUCUCCCUGCUUUCCUUCCAGUCCUUUCCUGAGAGUGGGAAUUGAGACUCGAUGAACGAGAACCAGGGAAAGGAUGGUAUUGCCUGGGGACUCCUGGGGCGGGUUUCCUGUAAAUUGAUCAUCCAACCGAAAUCUCCAUGCAAUGGAAUUAACGUUCCUUUCUCAAAGUACAAUGGGAGGACGUGGAAGCAGAGUGAAGGGGGAGCCCUGAGAAAAGCCAGAGAUGAGAUUGAGCAGGUGGCGGUAAACCCAAAGAGUGUGAGGGAUUGGCCGACGUGUUACCUAGGAUGUGAAGGAUUCAGACAGAGCGGGUGCAGCGUAUCAUGAGUCUCAUGGUUGAGGAGCCCACACUACAGGUGUGAGCUACUUUCUGCCACACUCGCAUACAAACUGGAAAGAAGCAACUUUCCUUCUGCAUAGGGAAAGUGUCUUUUAUAGCAAGUCAUGUUACAAAAAUAUUUUAACAGUUUUCCCCUAAAGAGAAUGUGCUGUUUGAAUAGAUACGUACCUGCAAGUUGAUAUACUAAUCUCUUGGUACUUACAUUUUUGUAUUCUUAGAUAUGACCUUUAGGGAAAAUUGCUAAAGAUGUAGUGGAACAGGGAUGGAGAUAGAAAGAUAUAGAACAUAUGUUUCCUCCUUAUUCGAUUAAGAGCAAAAGUACCUCGUUUCCAGUACACGAGAAUAUUUUACAUGCACUGGACUUGUUUCAUAUACGUGAGCUGAGAGAUCACGUAGGACAUUUAACAAUGACAAUGCUUCGAAGUACGAGACACUGAUGAAGAAUACUGUGUGUGGAACCGUGCCAAAGGAUGGAGAGCCACCGCUCCUUGGACCUCCUUGCUGCCCUGGGAUUGGCUGCCAUUAGUGUUACAGUGCUGGGCGCUCCUGCCUACAGCUACUCUAAUCAGGAGCUUUUCCUAGAGAAUCGCUCUUGAGAAGUCAAGUUUCAUUAAGGAGAAUCUACUCUGCUCCACAGAGUUUUCAGGCACCUUCCCUGGGUUUGAGUUACACGGAAAUCGGGUUCACGCCUGUUGGGUUGGUUCCUGGAACCGAGGGCAAUCUGAGCUGCUUGACAAUCGGACCGAAGUACCUAGAAGUUCCAUGAAGCCCCUGGAAAUUGUUGAACCAAUCCUUUUUCCCUCCUACUGUACUGCCUAAGGUAGCUAUUGACCUGACUUCGUUUUUAGCCCACUUCACUAUCUGUGCGGAGAGAGCCACUUCACAGACUAGCCAGUUACAGCUAUUCUGAAGGUUCCUGGAAGCUCCACGUUGACCCAGGAACACACGGUCCUCGGAACAGUUACGUUGUUUGGUUCUGGGACCCACUGUUGUACUCAGUUCCAAAGCAGACCCCCACCAGUAUAACUUGUAAAGCUUUUAAAGCACCCCAUACUGUAAAAAAAAUUGAGGUGAAAUUCACAUAGCGUAGCAUUAACUACUUGAAAGUGUACAAUUCACUGGCCCAUACUGUUCUUUAACUAUCUAAGUGUUCAACUAGCACAACAAAGAACCCACCCGCUCCAGCCCUUGAGAAUUCAGGCCCGUUUCUUGUUGGGGCUGAGUGGCGGCGGCUGCACCGGGACCCAGUGCUUCACCCGAAGACUGAAAGGCAGGUCUUACACCUUAAAGGACCCGCAUUUCACGGUGGUGCUCAUGUUGUACGUCAAGCAACCCUGAUGCCCGGCUCUGUCCCAGAAGGUGGCGUGGGCCAAGAGCACAAGGAGUUGUAGGCAAGAGGCCUUGCGAUACUUUCAGAUUUUCCUGAGUAGGUGAAAAUGUUUGAAACUACCAUCAGAAUAAUUUUGAAAUGGCAAUAAUGGUCUUUCUGUCUUUGUGACAUUUGAUUAGCGUUACAUAAGAAAAGGUUUGUUCAGUGAAGUAAAAGGGUAAGCCUAGCUCUGAGUAUGAGGUUGUGUGUGUGUGUGUGUGUGUGUGUGUGUGUGUGUGUGUACACACACACCUAUUUUCAAUUAAAUCCUCCACCUGGUGGGUGUACCGGAGAAAAAAGGGUCAGGCCAUCUCAAUGGCUUUUCAUGUCUUUAUUCCUGCUGUGUUCUGAUUAAUUUAUAUGUUCAGGAUAAAUGCUGCAUUUAUAUUCUGUCUUUCUCUAAAUAUUUCUUAAAGAAAUAGAGGCCCUAUUUAAAUGCAGCGAGGUUAUAAUAGUUAUACCAUCUCAUCCCUGGUCAUGUUUUUCCUAAACACAUAUUUUCAUAGCUUUUUCUCAUCAAAUUCCACUCCCAUUACUAAGGAUACUCGUCUCAUGUCACACUCUUCUGGAAAACCUAAGGACAGGAUAAGAAAAAACAAGGUUUGUCUUAGAAUCAUGAAAUUUCAGAGCUAUGAAGCCUGUAACACAGUCUCUAACAAUCCUCCUUUUAAAGACCCAGUAAUACCUAUAAUAAACAAGACUCGGAAGGACUGUGAUGGGCUCAUAAUCACAAUCCAUCUUCUGAGUUUGCUUUCAUUCAUGCAACUCAAGGAGAAAAACAGCUUCCAAGAUUCAAAACAUCUCUUUCCUCUAAAUUUUGUUAUCUCACAGUUGUAUUAGCUCUUGCAAGCCCAGGGCUUCCAGCUGUGAACAUCGGUGCAGAGUGUCCAUCUCUCAGCCGGUCUUAUCCCAGGUCCUGUGAGUUACCCAAACAGCAUUGUGUUCAGUGUGGGCCAGUGACUUGGGAGCAACGUUAGCAGGGGGCAAAUGUAACCUUGGGGUACUCUUAACACAGACUUAAAAUAAUUACCAGUGUCGGAACUCAAAUAAAGAGUAAAACAGGUGGAAUUAAGUUUACCCAGAAUUUUUCUGCAAUGCCAAAAAGUGUUUAAACUUCUUUUAAAACUAGUUUUGAACUAACACACAUGACCCUAGACUGGGGACACCUCUCGUUUAAAAGUCUGGUAUUAAUGGCACCAAGAUGCGCUACACCCACAUGAAAGGCAUGAACGCAAAUUCAUCUUUGAAGAGCUCCUGUAUGCUACACCAUGUAAAAUGAGAGCAUAUCUGCAGAUUUUUUUUUUAACCAAGGAGGUUGUUUUCAGCAUAUGAAACAGGGAAAGUGCCACAAGAAUUUUAAAGAUGAUACCAUCACCAUGUCCAAGAACAAAUGCAGGAAAGCUGACCGCAAUCAACCUCAGUAGCCUAGCGCCAUUUCCUGAUAGGUGAGGUCCUGUCCCAAAGACUGUGCUAAGUGUUCACGCUGCUAACAGCCCUGCAUCCCAAAGGGAUGUGUCUGGGAGCAGAACUUAGCAAUCUGCAGCAUUACGGGGAUGUUUCUGAACAUUGUUAUUGUACAUGUUAGUAUUUGCAAGACUGACAUUCUGAAGCUGUUUAUUAUUUUUUUUUCUUAAUUGCAUCUUUAAUGAGUAUCCAGCUAAAGGUAAAGGAGGCCCUGGGUUAUGACUUCAUCGACCAAGUAGCAGGGUUUCUUAUUGGCUUCAAGCUGAGUGCUGGGCUACAGACUAUUGUUCUACUUAUGUUUUUAUGAAAAUAUAUGAUUAUGGCUUACUGAUAUGUACCCUGUCCCCUCACCUCCCAUUUAGGGUGAGAUUUGGUACCAGGUAUGUUUGGUUUUACUCCUGAACUGUUAACAUUCACCAUUAGCCUAGCCGUGGUCUUGCCUAGUCCCAGAUAGGUAGGUAUAAACCUGUCUUGCUUGAAUGUCAGUGUGGUCUGUGCUGCUAGGUGUACAUGCCCAGCACCUCACCUGUAUUUUAAAUGGUAGGUGGCUGAAAUGAAGCCUGUUACUGAAAUGCACAUUUGAUCUCCAAAUACUUAACACACAGCCGUGCAACCUUUGUUUUGAAACCUGCCUUCAGGUUUUCAUUCUUGACCCCCCUGAGCCUUAUUCUGUGUAACUUAGCACAGUGAGAGGGGGUGGUCUCAACUAGGUCUUAAUGUGCAUUACCCGUGUGAUUCCCCCACGGGGUCCCGGGCAGGCCUGAGCUGAUCCUCUUCGAAGGAGAGGGCUCUGUCCUUAUGGGGCUGCCCAGUUACCUCCCCAGUAAUCAGUCUGCUACCCUUCCAGACUGGCUUUGACUUUAAGUGAUCUUAUUCUCUCCUCUUUCUUUUAAUUCAGAACAACACGUUUGUUUAAACAGAAAGCAUAGCCUGGGUUUGGGAGUAGAUUGAGUACCAACCAUGCACUGUUAAAUGCCAAAUUGAUAAAGAUUUGUGAUACUGUAAGACUGUCAUUAUUCACUUUCCCCAACUUCUAAGUUUUUCUAGCUCUUUUAAAAAUCAUUUAAUGCUGCCCUGGCUGGCGUGGCUCAGUGGAGUGAGUGCAGACCUACAAACCAAAGGUUUGCCAGUUCUAUUCCCAAUCAGGGAACAUGGCGGGCUGCUUUCGGGCCAGGUCCCCAGUUCGGGGCACUCAAGAGGCAACCACACAUCAAUGUUUCUUUUCCUUCUUCCCUUCUGCUCUCUCUAAAAAUAAAUAAAAUCUUUAAAAAGAAAAAUAAACAAAUAAAAAUCACGUAAUUCUUCUAGGCAAUAUGACUAAAAUUCAGUGUUUACCAGUAUGUGUAAUUUUUUAAUAGAAUUCAUUUUUUCACUAAAAUAUUAGUUCUCUUUCAGUGUAAAGCUCCAGGAUAUAGUUAAGUGAGAAAUGUAGUUUCUAGUCUAUAUUUGAGAGUGUACUCAUCUGAUCUUCCCUCUUUCCUUCCUGCACAGUAAGACUCAACGCUUAAUUGAGAAUUGAUUCUGUCAAAACUAUUUCUGGAAAUUUUUUCCAAAUUCAGCUGUAAUAAAUCAUAGCUAAAGAUGAACAUUUAAAUAAAUAUAAAUUAUUUUUAAGUCUCCUGGUGGACCGGUGGUGAGCAUUUAAGUCUUUGAAUGCAUCAGUGAUACUAGUAUUACUUCUUUGAAAAUCAAGACAUUGUUUGAAAGUUAGAAGCAAAAAGGUUUUUUUUUCCCCCAACAUGUGACUAAGUAGUAAGGAGGAGAAAGAAUAAAAUACUCUUGUGUUUUUUUAAUCAUACAUUACAUAGAUAAAAUAGUUAAAUUCAAAGCAUAAAGCUUGUUUUGAAAGUCAAAUGUGUAUAAAGCAAUCUCAAAACUUAACAGCUGUGUCUUGGUUCGGAUAAACAGUACAAUGAGGAAGAACAAGAUACGUGCCUGGUCUGUCGGGCGGAAGUGCCCAUCCCUGCGCCGGUACCGUAUCUGCUUCAUUUGGUUUAAUGUCAAAUAAUGAGGAAGCGACUUCAGGUUUUGCAGUAAGUUUUUGAAAUUAAUAAAUAAAGCAAAUUAUUGUUUUAAUGCCCCAAAAUACUUUCUGAAAAUGAAGCUUAUUAGCUUUGUUCUGAAGAAUCUGUUAAUUAAAAUGUUUCAGAGCAUGAAUAAUUGUAGCCUUCUUUUGGGGGGAUUUUUGUAACUGAUUGAAACCCUUAAGAUAGGAGCCAUCUUUCCAGGAAAAAAAAAAAAAAAAGACGAGACUAAUCUUCACUUUUGAAAUAAAAGUGAAUUGUGUGAUCUAAUGGAAUAAAACACUGGGUUUGGUGUUUUUAAUAACUUUUAGAAAAUUAGGAACAUCAGAAAUCUUAGGAAUUUCAUUAGACACAUAGCCAUCAUUGGCAAAAUACUUUGGUCUGACUACAAGCAUGAAGAGGAAUUUUUCCCCCAUAAAAAUAAUUUAUUGACACUAACCGAUGAAAAACCAUCACUGACUUUGCUCAGAAUGGCCAACCUCCAGUGAUCCACUAAAGAGAUACAAAAACAAAGCGGACCAGCAUGACUUUUAGGAGACUGCUGUACCAUAUUGCAACAUCGAGCUCCAGAGAAAAUGAUACCGGGUAGGCAGUAAAUCUUCAUGGAAUGAAAACUAAUGGUCGAGAGAGUCAUGUUAGUGUCUGAUUGCUUCUGGAGGCCCGCGAAGCCUGGAUCUGCUUUGCAUUACAUCUGGACCUUUGGAAGCUCUUAAUCUGAUUCAUUUGGACAUGAGUUAUAAGUCACCUCCUGCUUAUACUGUGGUGCUCAGCGUUAAGGCUCCUCUCGCCACUCCGUGAUCAGUCCUGUCCCUCUGUCUUCAUCACCUCGGGGCUCUGGCGUCCUCCACUCCUGACUGUUCCUUACAUCCCCAGGACCACCCCCACCCCGCCAGCCACACGCAGACUUUUAAAAAUUUACCCAGUAACACCUUUCUUAACAUCGGUUUCUCGUUGAUGAUACAAAUUAACCUCAGUCUUCCUUUGUGUGUGUGUAUAUAUGUGUAUAUACACAUAUAUACAUAUAUGUAUACACAUGUACACACACUCAUAUGGAAAUUGUACAAUAAAUAAUACAAAAAUAAACCCUGUUUUGCAUACUCACAACUAAACCCACUUUUACCAUACACACAGUUGAGAAGGUCUCUAUAUAAAAUGCCUCUCCUUCCAGAACUCUUUAAUUUUACUUUUUAAUUACAGUUUACAUUCAAUAUUAUUUUGUAUUAGUUUCAGGUGUGCAGCACAGUGAUGAUUACACAAUCCUACGCUUUACACAGUUUUCCUCCUGUUUUUUCUGGUGCUCACCUGGCCCCAUACAUAGUCAUUACAAUGUUAUUGACUGUAUUCCCUGUGCUGUACUUUAUAGCCCUGUGACUAGUUUGUCACUACCAAUCUACUUCUUAAUAGUAGAGGGAUUCUUUAGGGCAACUUGUAACUGAUAAAGAACUUUUUCUCUUGGUUAAACCAUUUUUUCCCCAUUUACAGUUCUGGUUAAAUAGGUGAAAGCAGUUAACUACUUGUCUAGUAACUUCUAGAUGUCUAUGAAACAUCCUUAGUCCUUUUCAGCCACUUGACACUUCACAUGGUUUAUAGUUCCCUCUGUAGUUCAGUCCUCUACACAGACAUUUGCGUGGCAGUGAGUGCCUUUCAAAAUAUGAGGCUCACACUUCAAUAAUCCAGCUAUGAUUCGAUAAUCUACUUUUUAAUUAAAACCAUUAUUACUAAUAUCUGUAUAUUCCUUUCGGUUUACAGAGUUCUCUUAUAAAAAUAUUUUGUGGGGUAGGUAUUAUCCUCAUUUUGUAAAUGAGGAAACUGAGGCUCCGAGUGUUUAUCAUUUGUGAUCUGCCAGUGGCAUAAAAUUUUUAAUUUAGACAUUGUACAUCUAUCUAUUUAUCUGGUCCUAAUGUUACCCUUUUAAAAGUUCCCUUACCCAGUUGCCAUAUUAAAUAUAGUUAUGGUCUCACAAGCUAGAUCUUUCUUCAUACACAUGACUAGUUAGAUUCUUCAUCCUGCACUUCUCUGUAGUACUUCCCUGUACUGCUCAGAUUUUUAAAAUCUGAAUGUCUUUCUGUUAAUUUUCACGUUCGAAUUUGGUGUAGAGUGUACCCUGUUUGUAUAUCACCAUCUUACAAGUUUGUCUUUUGAAAGAACUGUGUGAUUGUAAAGUGAUAGAUAAAUGUUAUUACUAAUAACAUUUGUACGGAAGCUUUAAAUUGAAGAAUAGUUGAAAUUUUAAUUACAGAUCUUGUCAUCUCUAGAAUUGGCUUUUAUUUGUGUAUUGAAAUUAACUUUGUGGGUUUUUUAAAGCAUAAUAAAAAGCAUGGAGUCCAAAGAUCUGCCAAGCAGACACUUUUAGGCUCACACAAGGUCCCUUAAGUUCUGUGCGGCUCCUCUUAUACACGGCUGUUACCCCUGCCAUACCCGACCAUCCCACCCCGAAAAGUUACCAUCAGAAAUCUUACCGGAAACUGCCAAAUUCAGGAUAUAUUUAUGACAUCCUAGAACCCUACUCAGAGAAUAAAUUACUUUGGUAUGAUUGGUUCUUAAAAAAUUCUUUUUAUUCUAGAGCGAAGGGAAGAGAGAGAGAAAGGGAGGGAGAGAAACAUCAAUCCAUUGCCUCUAGCACAUGCCCUAACUGCGGACCAAACCUCCUCAACCCAGGCAUGUGUCCUGACCAGGAGUUGAACCCACAACCUUUUGGUUUGUGGGAUGAUGUCCAGCCAACUGGGCCACAUCAGCGGGAAACAGUAUAGUUGGUUCUUUAUGGAUAUGCCUCUGGCCCCCAUUGGUUACUCUGUUGCUUUUGUUUUGUGGAAUUUAUGUGUCGGUGGGGUGGGAAUGGAGCUAGCUGGUUUGGGCAGGCAAGAGAAGAGGAAAGGAGAAGGGACCGUGGAGUACAGAAGGAGGACAUUUCCAAAUGAAACAAUUGUCAGUAGGCCCCGCCUCCAUGACUCCUUGCGCCAACUUCAAAAUUGGAAGUGGAACUUCCUGUGCGUUCCAGGUAGAAGGGAACUGAGACUCAAGUCAAAAUGCUACGUAGCAUUUCCAAUGAAAAUUCCCCCAAACACAAGCAAGAGAGCAGUGCUUGCUUAAACCUACUGUUACUCAUUUAAAAAGAAAUUACCUGGUUUUUAAUCUCAGAAUUUCUCCAAGAACUAGUUUCGAGCAUGUAACUUCUAGAGUCUGCUGUUUCCUGUUUUAUCUGGCACUUCUCUUGACAGUGGUUUCGUGAUCCUAUCUGAGGACUAAAAUCAUUUUGCACCUAGAGACUUUAAACUUACUGACAUGAAGUAGAUGUGUGUGUGUGUGCAUGCGUGUGCGCACACGCUGCAUCUCUGCCCACAGUUCUGCACAUGGUUUCAUCGGUCCUUUCUGGUUUGAAGGUUGCGCGCUCUCUCCUGAAGAAGGGGGAAGGAAGCAAAAUGAAGGUGGAACUACAUAGCUUUGUCUUCUCUUGGGGCUUAACAUCGUGAUACCACGCUGAGUGGUGACUCUUCCUAAUUUUCUCCUAUUUGAAUUUAGCGUUCUCUUUCCAUCAGCAUUUUCCCCGUGCUUCAAUCAUUAUGGAUUCUGAUUUUAAUCCUCAAGGAUUAUGAUACUGUUACACAGGUAGGUUACAUAUCUCCAUCCAUCGUUCCUAAGCUUUUCGAGUCGAAUUCCGUGAGAUUCUCCCUGUUCAGUAACUGGUUUCUGCGGAUUUCCUCCAGUUUCUUUUCCUUACUAGAAUUGUGUAUCAUUGCGUAGUCAGAAUGUCAUAUUUUAGCAUCUUUUGAGAUCUGUGAAGCACUGUGCUGUGGGACC